CGCCUGACGCUCCUUUUGGCCGGACGCCGCCGGAGCCGCGAGUGGCCCGCGAUGCUGCUCCCGCCGCUGCCGCUGUUGGAGCCCCGCGGCGCCCCCGAAGCCCGAGCGGCCGGGCCCGAGAUCCUCCUGGGACAGGGACAGGCCCAGCCCCGCGAGCAGCGCGGGCGAGAAGGGGUCGAGGAGGAGACCGAGGAAGAGGAGGAGGAAGAGGGGGGCGAGGAGCAGCGGCGGCGGCAGCAACGAGGCCGCGGCGGGGACAUGGCCGGAGGGGCCGCCCGGAGAGGCGCGGCAGCAGCAGCUGGAGCGGGCAGCGAGAGCCCCGAGGCUGCGUCAGCCGCCCAGGAAGCAACCGAGGGAGCCGGUCCUCGUUGGGGCGCCCAGCACGCAGGAGCCCGGGAGCUGGCCGAGCUCUACUCCCCCGGGAAAAGACUUCAAGAAUGGAUUAGUGUCAUCUUGUGCUUCUCUCUGAUGUCUUUCAACUUCUACAAGCUCCUCUUCUGCUUGAGAUUGGAACAUGCCUUCUCAAUUAUUGUCGCAAUACUUGCAGGAGUCAUUACAGCGGACUUCUUCUCCGGCCUGGUGCACUGGGGAGCGGACACAUGGGGAUCUGUAGACCUGCCAAUUGUUGGAAAGGCUUUUAUUAGACCUUUCAGAGAGCAUCACAUUGACCCAACAGCAAUUACCAGACAUGACUUUAUAGAGACCAAUGGUGAUAACUGCAUGUUGGCGGUACUUCCAUUGGCAAACAUGGCCUACAAAUUGGUGUCUUUACCACCAGAAGCAUUAUACCAAACGUGCCCUUGGGAGUGUUAUGUUUUUGCCCUGGCUGUAUUUGCAACCUUGACAAACCAGAUUCACAAGUGGUCUCACACCUACUUUGGUCUUCCUCACUGGGUCAUCUUCCUACAGGACUGGCACAUUAUCUUGCCACGGAAACAUCACAGGAUCCACCAUGUGUCUCCUCAUGAAACUUACUUCUGUAUUACUACAGGCUGGCUGAACUACCCACUGGAGAAAAUUGGAUUUUGGAGGUUCCUGGAAAAUAUCAUUCAAAGACUGACGGGGGAAAAACCUAGAGCAGACGAUAUGAAAUGGGCUCAAAAAAUAAAAUAACCCUUGCCAGGCUUCUGCUGUCCUUAUACUUGUUGCCAAUAUUUUUAAAAGAAAAAAAAAGCCAUCAGCCAAAUUAAAGACUUGCAAAGAAAUAAUGGACUAAAAGCACAACGCUUUUAAGAAGUGCUAACAGACUGCAAGUUAAAGGACUCACUCUUCAAAAUAAUACUUGAAAAUGCAAAUGGCUUGUUUCCAUUUGUACUGAGCACCUUCUGUUAGCCACACCUGCCGAUGUUGAACGUUUUCAUCCUCGAGUCCCAAAAGCCAUUAGUCAGAUAAUACACUAUCAUUUCUAGUCAGAUAGGUCGUCGGCACCAUAAAAAAAUGUGUUGUAUCAACAUGAUUUUACCACUUUGAAAGUAGUACGAGAUGAUGUGGAAUAGCAGCCAAGAUAGCAAAGGAGCACUAUAGGUAAAGGAGCAGAUUGAAACUUACCGCAUAGAAUCAGUCCGAAGAAAGGAAGAUCAUGAAAUUGUCAUCUCUUCAAUGCAUUUAGUGUUUCGUACACUUUCCAGUUGCUUCAUCUUGCUAUCAUGUCAAGUCUUAGUCUGUGUUGUAUGUGCAGCAGAGCACUGGGGAAUCUCAUUCAGCUAGUAAAUUGAAGGAUCUUUGCUGUUGUCUGUCUCUUAAAAUAAACAAGUCUUCUACUUCCUUGAUAUUUGAGCAGACCCAUUGCUAUGUAAGCCUGUAACUAAUGGUAGCAAUCUGAGGAAAAGCAGAUCCUGUUCUGUGCGAGUGUCAAACGUAUAAAGCACUUGUAUUAGGUCACUUAGUAUUCAGUAAUUGGAUUUGUUCCAGUAUGAUCUCUCUUCCAAUAAUCAUUGUUUAAAGUAGAUCUAGAAAAUUGGACACAUCAUGAAAUUUAUAUUAGAAAGAUUAGGUUAAUGGUAUGUACUUUUAAAGGUGCUUGCUCAUCCAUGUAAAUAUCAUGAAGCCUUAAUCUCUUUGGUGUAACAUGGAAUAAUAUUUUAAUGUGGUCUGAAUGUACAUAAUUUAUAACAAAGCAGUUCGAUUAUACUAAUCGUGUUUGUUAAGUCUUAUUGCAAUUCACUUUAUUUUUUGUGGUCCGAGGUUUAAAGUGUAGCUCUAGAGUUUUGUUAAGGAGCAAUUACAAACUGUAGAGCACUUCUAGUAGAUGUUGAGCUAACUCACAGGGCCAUGGGUGGAUUUCUCAAUCCAUAUAAAACAUUAGAGGGAUAUUCUAUGGUAUUAAAAAACAACCCCCUUUUUUGUGACACACUUCUGUGCCUCAUCAAUGAACAGCCUUUCAAUGCAUCUGUCUGUUUUCAAAACACUUGUUCCCACUUGUCUUUUUCAGGAAUGAGAUUCUUUUAUUUUCAAAUGCAAAUUCUUACAUUUAUACCUUGGUUGUACUAUAAUUUGCAUGGAUUUUUUUUUCAUGUCAGGAGCAACUUGAGAAACUGCAGGUCACUUCUGGUGUGAGAGAAUUGGCCAUCUGCAAGAACGUUGCCCAGGGGACGCCCAAAUGUUUUGAUGUUUUACCAUCCUGUGGGAGGCUUCUCUCAUGUCCGUGCACGAGAAGCUGGAGCUGACAGACGGGAGCUCACCCCGCUCCCCGGAUUCGAACCACCAACCUGUCAGUCAGCAGUCCUGCCGACACAAGGGUUUAACCCAUUGCGUCAUUGAGGAUCCAUAUGCAUGGAUGAUUUUGGCCUUGAUGGUCUAAGUGUGAGUGGGAAUUCAAAAAGAGGACCAUUUUAACAUUCAGUGUUACUGAUGAAGACAUUAUAACAAUAGUUGUCAAGGCUGUUUUCAAGAUAAAAUCCCCCCUUUCCCCUUAUGAUGGAUUAUGUGAUAAAUUGGAAAAAAAUUCAGACCAUGAACACAGUACUUAAUUCAUAAGUUAUUAUCAUUUCCCCAGUUUGGCAGUCUUUGGUUAAUUUGGACUGCCACUCCCAUGAACCAUAGCCAGUGGUCAGGGCUUUUAGUCCAGAACAUUUAGACAGUUUUUGGUUGAGAGCCCAAACCAAAAUAACCAAAUAGCAGCAGUUGUUUUGAAGGCAGACUGGUAUAAUAAGUCUUCAAAACAGUCUUCCAGUAAAGAGGAACCCAAAUGCACAGUUUAGGGUAUAGUGUUCCAAAGAUGUGGAGCCACCACAGAAGUGGCUUUGUUUCCAAACACUUGCUGGUUGUGCUACACUCACUGAUGGACCAAAAAGCAGGGAAGGAGCUGCUGAUCUUAGAGCAAUGCAAGUGGUCUUUCAACUGGAACACAGGCUGUCUCUCACAUUUUCAACUCAUCCCAGAUCACACCAUUCUCUUGACGCUUAGUGUGUUUCAGUGAAACAUUCCCAUGUUUAUGUAAUUUAUUCCAGGAUUUUGCAUUUAAAGUUACAGUCAGSCCUCUGUACCAAAAAUUCAACCAUCCAUGUCUUUGCAAUGCCCCCCCCCCUCCCCAAAGCAAAAUACAAUUUUUGCCAUUUUACAUAAGGGGUGCCAUUUUACUAUGCCACUGCUUAUAACAGGAGARGAGCAUCCACAAAUUUUGGUAUCCAUGGGAUACCGAAUCCCAGKAGAUUUUUUUUCCCAUGUCAGGAGCAACUUGAGAAACUGCAAGUCGCUUCUGGUGUGAGAGAAUUGGCCAUCUGCAAAGACAUUGCCCAGGGGACGCCCAGAUGUUUUACCAUCCUGUGGAAAGCUUCUCUCAUGUCCCCAKAUAAGAAGUUGGAGCUGACAGAUGGGAGCUCACCCCGCUCCCCAGAUUCAAACUAGGCCACACUGUAUAAUGUUUUUGUCACCAUGGAGUUAGUGUGCCUUCCUCCAGCCACACUCUGCCACAACUGUAAUUGUAGCCUUCAGCCUCCUAAGGGAGGGCAGAAGGCAAACCUUACGAUGAAAGUGUGUGUGUUUGCAUAGGAAGAGAAGUACAGAAUUGUAUGUGUUCCAGGCAAUAUUAUAACUCUAGUUUGAACUGCAACUCUUACAAUUAGCAUGUAGGAGCAAAAUGGUUUUUUUUGUUUGUUUGUUUGUUUAACAGGGUUAGGCUGUGUACAAGUUUCACUUGGGCACCCAAACUUUGAAUUGGCAGGUAAGUAGUUUUCCUGAGCAUUGAGGUUAUGUUAAAAAGAAAAAAAUAAAUAUACUUUGUGCUUACCAAUUACAUAGGAUACAUGGAAUACCACUUUCACUUGGUUUUCCUCCCCUAGUUUUGUUUUUUGGAGCAACACUGAAGCUUGUAUCAACGUGUCUGCAUUUGUCAUCUAGUCACAUGCUAACCCCUGCUUUCUCAUAGCUUUCGUCUUGUUACUGGAAACGCAAGGUGUGUUAAGUUUGGAGGAAGAUGGAGGCUGACACAAGAUUGCAGAGGGCAUUUUUACACUACAUAGUCCUGGCAUUAUGAUUGUACUUUUAAUUGUCAUGACUACAUUUUGUAGAAUUAUGGGCUUUGUAGUUUGGUGGGGGUUUUUUUUUUUGGUUUUUUUUGGUCGUAUCAGGAGUUGCUCGUGUUGUGAGAGAAUUGGCCGUCUUGCAAGGACGUUGCCCAGGGGAUGCCCGGAUGAUUUGAUGUUUUUAUCAUCCUUGUGGGAGGCUUCUCUCAUGUCCCCGCAUGAGGAGCUGGAGCUGAUAGAGGGAGCUCAUCCGCCUCUCCCCGGAUUCAAACCGGGGAGUUUGGUGUGACAUUAGAUCUCUUUGGCAGAGGAUUCUAAAUAUCCCUCUAUUGUCUUGGAAAUCCAAAGAUUCCAUUGGCUAAAACCAUGGUGGCUAAAGUGGAAUCAUAGUGCUAUAAUUGUGUAAUGUGGAAGUGCCCUGGUAGAUAGAAACUGGAUGAUGGUAUCGAGUGGGUAACAAUGGAAGCACAAUAAGUGAGAUUUGGUGUUUUGAAAAUAAUCUUUCAUAAGAUUAACCUUGAUAACAGGGUGAUUCUAAGUGAAUGAAAGUCUGUGUUUAAAAUGGUUGUGCAAAAUGUGCCAAGCUGAGCAAACCUUACAAAUCGGACAGUAGCGGACUGAGUUUGCUUUAUGGUGCACAAGAUCUGAAUCCUGUGGUGUACAUUAAGCUUUGUAAGAGGAUUACUGAAAACGUAAAAGAACUUUAAAAUGUUUCUUAUUAAACAAGAAUAAUCUACUGA